CCAACACACUUAUUCUUAUUGUUCUUGCUUGUUUCCUUCAUAUUCUUAACUUUGCUCACACUCAAACAACCCCUCUAAACCAUACCCGUUGCCCAUAUUCUUGCUAUCUUUCUCUUUUAACAGUUUUUAGAAAUGUCUAUUGUUGCGGACCAAACGCCGUUAGUUUACCCGGUUUCUGAAACAAACCCGCCCACACACCGCCAGUCGAAUGGCUCGUUUGGGUCGGUUUUCAUAGUAUUGGCUGUGAUCGUGGUCAUAUCAGCGGUUGCUUGCUUUCUUGGGCGGUUGUGUAAUAAGCGUCAUAACAAGAUGAAACCGUCUAAGCAUAGUCGACCGGCCAAAGAGAAGGAUAUGAAGCCUAGCCGUAAUGCGUUCCAAACUAAAGAUGGGGACAUUGAGUUCGGGUUUGAUAAGAGGUUAUCAAGCGCUAAGGUGGCUGCAAAUGGUGAUCCAAACAUGGGUCGGCCUAAUUCGUUCCGUGAGCCGAACAUGGGCCCAAACAUGGGGAGACCUAACAUGGGCCCGAACAUGGGGCGACCUAACAUGGGGCCAAACAUGGGCCGGCCCGACUCGUUCCGAGAACCAUCUAUGGGAAGACCUAACUCAUUUCGCAAGGGUGAAUUUAGAGAUGAUCAAGUGCGGUUCGGUGGUAAUCAGGAUCAUGAAAUGAAUUUCAAAUCUGGUAAAGGACCACAAAUUUAUUGAAUGUAGAGUACCUCGUUGUAUGAUAGAUUUGACCAAAGUUUGGUCAAGUAGAUGUUCUUUAAUGGUGGUGGUGGUGUUCAUGCUUAUUUCUUAUUAUAUGAUUAAUUAUGAAGUGGUUGUGGAAUUAACAUCUUCACUUUAAUGAAGGUUUAAAUUCAA